AUGGUAUAUAUUCUCUUUAGUGGAUCUUUGUCUGUUUUUUUAGGUAGAGAACAAAAAUCGUUGGAUCGUUUUUCACCAGUUAGGAGAGGAAGUGAAGGUUCCGCCGGCGGGUGUCGCACCUUGAGUUCUUCUUCUCAGGAACAAAGACUUCAAAGAGGUCUUUCUGCGAGAAACAGUCCACCUAGAUCUAUCCCAGGUUCACCAAUUCACCAAAAAUUCAUGUCGGAGCAACCAUUACGGCACCACAUGUCCGAAUGUACAUCCCCCAUCCACCAGUUCUAUCAAACUCUUCCGGAGUCGUCGACGAUGCAGGAUCUUCAAAAUUUCUCUUCGAAUAUAGACCCAACGUUGGGCCUUCCUCCCGAAAACUACCAGCAACACAGCUACGGACCAUACGAAGCCACCAAUAGGAGUCCAACGUAUUCGUAUGAUUCUAUCAAUAGAAGCCCGUUACAUUCGUCGCCUUAUACUACUACGAAUUUGACGUCUUCGCCGAUUGGACCGUCGGUGUUUAGCCAAGUUUCGAAUUUGGGGUUAUAUUCCGGUAGUAAUUCGCCAAUAUUGAAUCCAUUAUUGAGCCCUAAUACCUCGCCAGUGUUCGGAGGGUAUAUGCAGAAUGCACAAGGAAGUAGUGUGUCGUCCAUUACACAAGGUAUUAGUGGCCUGAACACAGCUAGUACGGGUUCCAUAACCCAAGGUAUCCCUUCAGGCAGCCUUCAGAUGGAAAUGCGCAGUCAACUACACGACGAAUCGAAAAUGGACACGUUCGCACCGAAUGUAUCCUACAUGGGUGGACAAGCGCCUCAAAACUACCUGCACAUUCUUAACAUUCACGGCCAUAGGAGUCUCACGAAUUCGCCGAUCAGCAAUCCAGGAAGCCCCGGUCUCGACAUGAUCCAAGAAGAAAUUCCGGUGCAGAGCUGUCCGAAAAGUGAGCAAAGUCACCCUCAGAUAUCGGUAACGGAUGUCCUAGGUAAGUGUCGGUUAUCGAGGAACAUGAAUCGCGUAGAGUAA